ACAUAUAUCCUCUGAAAUGAUAUACCAUUUUAAUAGUCAUCUGACUCCAAAUAAAUAGAUAAAAAAUCUCCCACAGCAUUUUGUAUAAAUUUUUUAAGUAAUUUUUUUUGUUCUUGUAUAUCAUUGCAUUACCAAAUCAAAUACACCGUUGGUCAGAUAAUAUGCUCCUAAAGUCCAUGGCAUGGUUCGACUUCCCAUAUCAACUGCCACUCUGAUAUCCCCGCCAAAAACCUAUAACGGUAAUUUGAAUUUGGUCUUUAGAAAGCUACAAUGCCUUACUUUGCUGAGGGAUUGCUCUUCCAUGAAACAGCUCUAUCAAAUUCAUACCCAGAUCCAAAUCUUUGGACUCCACAAUGACUGUGAUAUUGUAGACGAAAUCGUCCAAUUUUGUGCUUUACAUAGCUUAGGAAGCUUGACUCAUGCGCGACUCGUCAUCAAACACACCGAUAACUCGCUAGUCUCUUCGUGGAACCAUCUCAUCAGAGGUCAUGCUACCAGAAAUUCCCCAACAGAAUCCAUGUUGGUUUUCCUUGCAAUGCGAGGCCGAGGCAUUAGACCCAAUAAGCUCACCUACCCAUUCCUCUUCAAGGCGUGUGCCACUCGUUUGACCCUCGAAGAAGGGCGACAGAUUCAUGUCGAUGUUAUGAAGCAUGGUGUGGAUUCGGAUGGUUAUGUUCAGAACACUUUGAUUCACUUUUACGGGUCUUGCGAGAAGAUUGGUGAUGCAUGCCGGGUGUUCGAUGAAAUGACGGACAGAACUGUCGUUUCUUGGAAUUCCAUUAUCUCUGCUUAUGUUGAGGGCUUACAGUUUUACGAUUCAAUAGAGCUUUUUGUCAAGAUGAGAGAUUAUGGGUUUGAACCAGAUGAAACCACAAUGGUGGUUUUACUUUCGGCUUGUGCAGAGGUUGGGAACUUGGGCUUAGGGAAAUGGGUUCAUUCUCAAGUGAUAGAAAAGGGGCUGAUUGUUAAUUGUGAAUUAGGUACUUCCCUGGUUAAUAUGUAUGUAAAGUGUGGUGACCUAUGUUGUGCUAGCCAAGUGUUUGACAGGAUGACCUUACGAAAUAUAUGGACAUGGAGUGCAAUGAUUUUGGGGUUAGCACAACAUGGAUGUGCCAAGGAAGCCCUCGAACUUUUCAAGAAAAUGAAGAGCAAUGGAAUACAGCCCAAUUAUGUAACCUUUCUAGGGGUCCUCUGUGCUUGUAGUCAUGCUCGACUUGUGAACGAGGGGCAUCGAUUCUUUCACAACAUGCAACAUGUGCAUGGAAUCAAACCCACAAUGGCACAUUACGGUGCUAUGGUGGAUUGCCUCGGUCGAGCUGGUCGUCUUAGAGAAGCAUAUACCUUUGUUAUGAACAUGCCUGUUAAGCCAGACGCAGUUGUAUGGAGGACCUUGCUUAGUGCAUGCAACAUUCAUGAUAUUAAUGACUACAAUGGGGUGGGUGAGAAGGUUAGAAAGAGGUUACUUAAAUUGGAGCCAAGAAGGAGCGGGAACUUUGUGAUGGUUGCAAACAAGUAUGCUGAAGUUGGAAUGUGGGAGAAAGUGGAACGUGUAAGAAGCAGUAUGAGAGACAGAGGGUUGAAAAACAUUGCUGGGGUGAGCUGUGUUCAGGUAGGUGGUUCUAUGCAUAGAUUUUUUUCAGGGGAUGACUCUCAAGUUUCUUACGAGGGCAUCUACCUCUUACUAGACCGAUUGAAUUUUCACAUGAAGAUGGUUAACCGUGAGUAUUCAAUCUAGCUGUCUGUUUUUUUUUUUUUUUUUUCCCCUUUCUUUGGGGUCAUACUGUUUUCUUUCUUAGUAGCAAGAGUUACUAUAAGUUUAUGUUGAAAGAAAUAGGCUCACCAAUAUUGUUGUGCAAUGUUUGAGAAGUUUCAAAAUUAGCUAUUGCAAAGUAUAGCUUUGGCCGUCAA